AUGUCGUACUGCAAGCAGUUCAAUGGGGGAAAGGACAAAGUGAUAUUUGCUUCGAAAGAAGAUCUCGCCGGACCGAGUAAAAUCCAACUACCUGAGUCAGAUCCUGCUCCUGGAUUGAUCCUUCCGAAUGGAGAUAUCAAUUGGAACUGUCCGUGUUUGGGAGGAAUGGCCACAGGACCGUGUGGAGUGGAGUUCCGGGAAGCUUUCUCUUGCUUCCAUUACAGUGAAGUGGAACCCAAAGGAUCGGAUUGCUACGAGGCCUUUUCGCAGAUGCAGUCCUGCUUCUCAAAGUAUCCGACAGUUUACAACAAGAACGGAGAGAAUGACGAUGAUGAGAUGGAUGUAGAACGAGAGGCUCAAAUGAAGGUUGAUGAAUUGCUAGAGGGCACAAAGGAUGACAAAGACUCAGCUGAAUUGGCUCCGGCGGAUGGAGGAGCCAGUCAAGUGGAUGAGAGGAAAAAGUGAUUUUGUGCAAAAAAAGACUCCAUGUAGAUCGAAUGACUAUCUCAAGUUCUCUUCUAUCGAGAUAUUCAUGGAAUUCCUUUAAUAAAUGUAGUAAAUAAUGAA